AGUUGUUUGUUGAUCGUUGCCUUGAACAGAUUUCAUAAUUUCUAAGAUGAUUUUAAUAAAGUGCGCAAUAACUUUAUUGCUUGUUCAAUCAACUAUUUCGAAGCCUUUCAAUGAUCCCGACACAAUAAUUUUUCGUGAAGAAAAUGAUGUUGAUUCGAAGGAGAUUCUAAGUGAAGACGAUCCUGAUGAGGUUUAUGAUGCAAGUCUUGAAACAACAAAUAUUGGGUUGGAAGCUGGAGAAUAUUUUCAAGGUGACAUCGUCAUAACUCCACAAUUAUUGCAAGCAAUGUUUACGAAUGACACUAGUGAUGAUAUGGUGACAAGGACUGGAAUAUUAUUCGACGAAUAUCGAUGGCCGAAAAAUUAUAGAAGAGAGGUUACCGUUCCUUAUGUCUUUAACAAUCGUGACUACACAACAAAUCAAAAGAAUCUUAUGAAGAAUGCUAUGAAAGGAAUCGAGAAGUACACUUGCAUUCGUUUUGUGGCUAGAUCAUGGGAAAAAGAUUACAUCAAGAUUAAAUCGGGCGAUGGUUGUAGUGCCAACAUGGGCAAACAAGGCGGAGAACAAGAAGUGUCGCUUGCUAACAAUGGUUGCAUGUCGAAAGGAAUUGUUCAACAUGAAUUAAUUCAUGUUCUUGGGUAUGAUCACAUGCACAGCCAUUUUGAUCGCGACAGAUAUGUUGACAUCAAAUGGGAAAAUAUUAAGCCAAAUGUCAAAAGUAAUUUCGAUAAGGUCAAUCCGAGAUGGUUCGGAAAUUUCGGAACAACUUACGAUCUGUACAGUGUCAUGCAUUAUCAUGGCAAAGCUUUUUCUAAAAACGGAAGGGAAACGAUUGUUCCACGCAAUCGGAACUACGCACGAAUCAUGGGACAACGAAAAGGUUUAAGUUCGGGAGAUGUCAAGAGAAUAAACAACAUGUACAAAUGUUAUCAAUGACAUCUUUAACGAGAGAGAAAAAUAUUCUCAAAGAUUUACAAUGUUAAAUAAAUUUAUAAAUUUUAUUCCUCACAACAUUUUCGUUUCAUUCUAAUCAUAUUCACAUAAAUGAUUACAUUUAGGACAUCUUGGAUUUGUUUGAAACCAUUGUUGCAGAUGUUCAAUGUGUCCACCAUGACAACAUCCUGAACACCAAGCGUAGAUUCCUUUCACAACAACGUGACAAACGACACAUUUUGAUGGAUCAGUUGACUUGCAAUGUUUACAAAACCAGCCUUUUUGAAGUGUUCGCCCACAUUCGCCACAUGUUGUUUGAAUAACUGUCGAUUGUUCAUUUAAUUGACAUAUUGAAGGCAUCCAACUAAUGUUGAUAAUUUCAGUUGCUUCAUUCCACAUCUGAUGACGAUGAAGUAAAUCUACAUAAGAUUGUAGCCAAUUUUCCUGAACAAAAUGAUCGAUUGGUAAAUCAUCUCGUCGGUCACCGAGACAAAUCAGAAUUGCUGUUGGAGUUUGAACGUCACCAACUUCUGCUUGAAGCAUUAAACAAUCAGCGAGAACUUGAAAUGGCUUCCAAAAUUGAAUGUCAAUAUUUGUAGGCACUGUUAAGAUGCAUGGUGGUUCAGGUGGCU